AUGUUAUCACGAUAUUCAUCAAAUAAUAGCGGCAAUGAUUCAACUACUAUUAAUUUAUUGUAUAAUUUAUGUAAAGAAAACGAAAUAGAACAAGUUCGAAAUAUGUUACAAACUAUCAAUAACAGAAAUAUCAUAAAUAAAAAUCACACUUCAAUCGGUUCAACAUGUUUGCAUGUUGCGUGCUAUUAUGGACAUCUAGAAGUAGCACGCAUUUUAUUACAAUAUGGAGCUUUACGUUCAAUAAGAAACUUACCACAUAAGUUAACACCUUAUGAAGAAGCUAGUACAGAUGAUAUAAAACAAUUACUUUUAGAAAAAAAACAAUUUUGUUCAAAUAAUGAUUAUAAUUAUAUUGAAUGGUCCAUGAUAGGUGAUGAUCUCCUUGAUAAGCGACGUGAAUUUCGUCGUAUGAUUGAUUUAUAUAAAAACUAUGACAACCAACAUUUAAUAUCAAAAUUAUUAGUUGAAGUGAUUGAUUAUUAUUUAGAUGAAUAUUUGAUAAAUCAAUGUAAUAAUACUGAAAAUUUGGAACAUCAAAAUAUUCGCAAGCAAAUCGAAAUAAUUCGAGAAUGUUUUAAAGAAGCCAUAGAAAAGCAAGAUUAUUUAACAUAUUUCAUAAAAGCUUAUACAUCAACAACAUGCUUUUUUGAAGAAUUAAAUAAGCAUUUAGCUCUUUAUAUAUUAGAUAAUUUCGAUCAAACAAAAUAUUUUUCAGAUCAUUAUCGUCUUGUAAAUUGCCUUAGUCAUAUUGUAACGCUUUUAAUUUAUCACCCGAAUUUACCUCAAUAUCGAUUUCAAGGUGUAUGUUAUCGCGGUAUGACAAUAACAGAACAUGAUUUAGAUCAGUAUCAAGUAAAUCAACAUAUAUUAAAUUAUUCAUUUUUAUCAACAUCUCUUGCUCGUACAGUAGCUGAAAUGUUUGCUGGUGUAGGUCAACAAUCUCAAAUGAGACAUACUCAUCAAAGUCAUCGUCCUUUACAAUAUUCAUGUUUAUGUAAAUAUUUAAUAAAGCAAAAUUCAACAGCUAUUAAUAUUGAAAGUUUAUCGAUAAGACCGGAUGAACAAGAAAUUCUAAUUCUUCCAUUUAGUGUUUUUAAAGUAAUAAAUAUUAUACGAAAUGAUCUUGAUUCAACAAACACAAUUUCAAUUGAAAUUGAAUUAGAAGAAUGUGAAGAUUUAAAUAAUAAUAAUAAUAAUGAACCAGAACAUAUUGAAAUAUCGGAAAGAGAACCAUUUUUAUUAUCUGAUAUUAGUAUAACAGACCCCAAAGAAAAUCAAAAAUUGCAACAAAGAAAAUAUUCUCUUAAUAGCAUUAGUGGAUUUUUGCUAUUAGUUUCUCUUUUGGCUUUAAGUUCAACAUUCAUUUUUUAUUUCGUUGUUAAAAAAAACACUACUACAAACAUUAAAAUGUCUACACAAGGAAAUAAUGCUGAUGACGACUAUCUAUUACCACUAGUAAGACGAAUAGAAGGUUCGAAUUCAAUUAUGAAUCAACAAGGUUGUAUUCAGAGAAUUAAAGAACUUCAACAUUAUCAAAUCGAUACAUUAGGAUGGUAUGAUAUUGGUUAUAGUUUUAUCAUAUGUAAUGAUAAUCAUGACAGACAACAAAUUUAUAUGGGUAGAGGAUGGGAAUAUAUUGGUGCGCAUUGUAAAGGUUAUAAUUCUAGAUCAUUGGGUGAGUAA